GUGUAGAAAGCUAACAGACAUUUUCUGGAAGCCUGGUGCAUCUGUUACACCCCAGCAACUCCUUUAGUGAGAUAUUCUUGCAGAGCGUGUGUGUUUGUUUAAGUGCCUCGUGGUUUAGAAAGUGCCUGAGAUUGGCCUGCUGUAAAAGUUGAAUGCCAGAAAGGUGAAACUUGUUUUGUGAAAAGCGAGAGAGAGGGUCAAUGGCUGUUGGUGACUCUCCUUUGCACUAAAGACCCAUAACUUGUAACUGAGAAGAACGGUUUGAAGAAGAACCCAACUGCUUCUGGUGCUUUGCAAUACAAAGGUACACAAAGACUCAGGAACUGUCUAUAGAUCUUAGAAACAUUUCAGCACAAAAGCUGUGUACUAGAGGCACGAUAUGGAACAGAGCCUGAAAGGCCUUGAAAACCAGAAGAUAAGUGAAAGCAUAAUUGAAAGACCAGCCAUGGCCAAUUCUCUGAGGCUGAAAAUAUCCUCUCGCCCUAAAAAGAAGAGGAAGAUUAGUCGCAUUGGUGUAAAGGGAAAAGGACAGCUGAAAUUAUCAGUUCAUCUUCAAGAUGGAGCAAUCGCGGUUCACAUUAUGGAAGCAAGAGGACUUCUGGGGAGAGAAUGUCGGGCCUGUGAUGCUUACACAAAGCUGUCUUUGGUACCAGACCACGAUCGCAGAAGCAGGCAGAAGACAGAAACAGUACCAGACUGCAAGAACCCAGUUUUUCAUGAACAUUUUAAUUUUCCCUUGCAGGAGUCAGAUGAACAAAAGAGACUUCUUGUGACAGUUUGGAACCGAGACAAAAAUUCAAGAUGCAGUGAGCUCCUGGGAUGUAUGAGUUUUGGAGUGAAGUCACUACUUGAGUUGGAGAAGGAGAUCAAUGGUUGGUACUAUCUGCUUGGAGAAGAUCUAGGAAGGACAAAGCACUUGAAAGUAGCUGCACGUCGUCUUAAGCACAUCCAAGGUCCUGCUUUAAGAAAUUACAUUGGAGAAAAUGAGAACAGAGGCAUUGAAGAUAUGCUGCAAUUAAAGGUGAAGAUCCCACGAGGAAAGGAUGGGUUUGGCUUCACUAUUUGCUGUGACGCUCCAGUCCGAGUGCAAGCGGUGGAUCCAGGUGGCCCAGCUGAUCAGUCCGGCUUACAGUCCUUAGACACUGUGCUCCAGCUGAACGGACAGCCCGUCGAGCAGUGGAAAUGUGUUCAGCUCGCGCACGCAAUCAGAAAUUGUCCCACUGAGAUUAUAGUGUUAAUCUGGCGACUGGUCCCGCAUUUGAAGCCCAGCUUCGAGCGAAUGAUUAGAAGACCAUCCAGCAAGCUGAACCAGGAUUUGCAGUCUCCACCCAAUAAGCGCGAGAGGUACUGCAGUCAGCCAGCCGGACUGCUGGAGCACAGGGAAAGUUGCCAUGUUGUGUACGACGGCACCAAUGGGGUCGUACUUAACAGCUGGGAGCGGCGAGAGGAACUCGUGCAGAAUGGGGGUCUGGUCCCAACUGUUCCACCUGAGGGAGACAACAUCCUCAUUCUGUCACCAAUAAAACGGGGCAGCCAGAUUCUGAGGCCAGUACCUCAAGAUAACCACAUCAUUUAUGCAAAUGUAAACCGUGGCAGAGUACAAAGUGUCCCAGACAGGAAGCAAUCCCUCAUCGGGUCUUCAGCAGACAUCUUCAAAGCAACAGUGCAAGCAAUGAGGAGCUAUGGAGACUACAGGAACUGCACUGUAGUGAGAUCACACACUCCUCGUGCCAGCUAUGGGCCCUGCUUGCCUCUUGCUCCAAAAAUCCUGGUAUUCCCUCUCUUCGUGCAGCCAUUGGAUUUGUGCAGCCCUUCACGAAUACUUAUCCUUUCAGAAAAUGUUCUUUUCCUUGAUGGUAAAAGUCAGCCCCUCAAGGUUUGCAUUUUCAUCUACACGGACGUGCUGUUGCUCACCAAGGAGGACAAUCAGGGACACUGCAGUGUGUUACAGAACCCGCUCUUCCUCCACAGCAUGGAGUUAGAGGAAGGUUCGCCUGAGGGUCUCCAGUUUUACAUCACAUAUGUCGAGAAGUCACGGAGCAGUUUGAGUUUGGAAGCAUACACAAAGGAACAGAAAACGAGACUGUGUCGAUGUAUAAUGGACAACAUUAUCAAACAGAAGCAAGAUCAGCAAUCAUCAGUAACUGAGACAAUGAACCAGAUCCUUGACCCCAAAUCAGACGAGAAAUCCGAGAUGUUACCUGAGGUGAAGGUUACUCCCAGCGAGCCGCAGCCAACCAGUGAGGAAAAGGCUGAAAGCGAGAAGCUCCCAGAGAAAGAAAAGGCUGCAGAAGGAGAGAGUGAAGCCAGAGAGGAAAUGAAGGAAAGUAUUGAGAAGCAGGAUACCUCAGAGUCACAGAAACCUCGGCUGCCAUUCACUAUACCAGAGCUCAGACUGGACAGGACAUUCACCCAGAGCACUGAAGAUCUUCCCAUUUUACUUCUCGAUGGGGAUGAAGAUGAGGAAGAGGAGGAAGAGGAAGAGGAGGAGGAUGAUGAUGAUGAAGCUGAAGAAGACAGUGAUGACUGUUACUUGGACAGUCACGAAACUAAACGGCGCAGUAUGAUUGAAACUUCCGAGUGUGAGAAGCAUUGUACUCUCUCUAUUCAGAACUCGCUGCGUCGGAGGACCCACAGUGAAGGAAGUCUGAAGCAGGAGCCAAAAGCUCAGUGCUUUAAAUCUGACAAUGCGCUCAACUGCGUGGGGUGCGAUGGGCAGAAAGCUAACGUCAACUGGGCUCCGCCCUCACCAACAACCCUCAAGAAGGAGAUUGCCAAUGUGAAGAACGGUGGCUCCAUGUACCAAUUAUGUCUCAUCUUCUCUGGGCGUAAACUAUCUGGAGCAGAUUCUCAGUGCGGUGGUGAAGCUGGUGAUGGCUCCAAGAAGAAAAAGACCAAGAAUCUAGCCAAAGAUAUGAAAAACCGUUUGGGAUUUCUCCGAAGGCGCAAUGAUUCCGGCUCAGGAACCCACGCUGCCAAGCUCGACAAAGUCAGCAAAACCGUGAAGCCCUCCUGUGAAGAAGCUUUGAAGUGGGGAGAGUCUUUGGAAAAGCUUCUCAUCCAUAAAUAUGGAUUAGCCGCGUUCAGAGCUUUCCUACGCACAGAAUUCAGCGAGGAGAACCUGGAAUUCUGGCUGGCAUGUGAGGAUUACAAAAAAUCCAAAUCACAAUCCAAGAUGACUUCCAAGGCAAAAAAGAUAUUUGGGGAAUAUAUUGCCAUUCAGUCUUGCAAAGAGGUUAAUUUGGAUUCCUACACGAGAGAACACACCAAGGAGAAUCUCCAGAAAGUCUCGCGGUCCUGCUUUGAUCUUGCCCAGAAAAGGAUAUACGGCUUAAUGGAGAAGGAUUCCUACCCCCGGUUCCUCAGAUCAGACCUCUACCUGGACCUGACCAAUCAGAAGAAACAGAGCCCGUUGUCGUAGACACAUCUAUAUUCCUGACAGUCAAUGGGGACAAAUUAAAUGUUGUGUUUACAUUACUAGCGAGAGAAGACCAUCGUUUAUCUCUGAGACCUCCAAACCCUCUGCAGUGGAUUGAAAUCUGAUGGUAUCAAAGGUCAAAGUAACUUUGCUUAAGAGCCUGAAGAUUAGUGAACCUGGACAGAUUUUAACAGUCAGGUACUGUUUUGCAGCUGAAUUCUGCUCAGGGUCCUGGAACCCUGGUAUUGAACUGGUUUUGGUUACCUUCCUUGUGUAAUUACAGCACAAAGACCUUGCAGGCCCUUGGGCAGGGAACCAAUUAAUCUUGUUCUUCCAAGAUAACAUAAUACUCAGUUUUCCAGAGCCCCAGGAGCCUCGCACUCUGGAGUUCAACAAUACAUAUAACAAGAGCCAAAUUAUUCUGAAAAGCUGUACUUCCAAGACUGUCCCGAAAUCGUCCACCUUCAGGAUUGGGCAGCAUUUACAACUCUACAACAUGAUGAGAAAGGAGAAGCCAACUUCGUACAUUAGAGAAACAUUCUGUGGAUCGUGCCAUGGGACUUCCCACGUCUGUGUAUGAAUCUGUAUCCUUAGGUAGUACCAAGUGCUCCUGCCACAGAAACCUAUCAACAGCUUUGUCAUGUGCUGGGGGACACCGAGCUAUUUAUUUCUAUAAUCAGAUGCUUGACGCAUUUCUAACAGGAAUUAUUCCUUGUUUUCCUUCCAUGUGUUAAAGUGCAAUAUUUCAAAGGUAUUUCUUUACCUUUUUAUUAUGUGUCAUUUGUAAUAUUUUCUGGAGUCUGUACAAAUUAUGUUGAAAUCUUAAAUUGAGAGUGAAUGUUUAAUAAUAACUGUUGCCCUAGCAGCAGGCAGCUAGGGAUAUUCCAACUGUAUAUAUAGCUCCUCGCAGAUGUUGAGUUUAAGAUUCCUAAUGAGAUAGUAGCUGAAUAAAGGUGUAUGUAGCGAUUGCCUCAGACCGGAGUGCUGUGAGGAGGCAGCACGAGAAUGGCUUCCGUUGACCAUUGCUGGUUGACGUUGAGUUUGAGGAAGACUUGUUUAGUCUGUUCCAAUCGUUUACAGUGUAGUUAUUCCCAAAGCAAGAAACCAACCAUUUUAUCCUGGUAGGUGGUAAAUAAACAAUUGUUAAAGAACAAUACGUUCGUC